UAAAACGGAGAUGAGACUCAUACCGCCGACAGUCCAGAUACCCUCACACAAAGUCCCUGCAGGCAGGUGUCCUCUGCAGACAUGGCAGCUCGCGUUCACACACUGCGGGACCGCCAGAUAGCGGCCAUUGAGCGCAUACUAAGUCUGAACCAUGACGAACCUUCGGAGACGAACUCCAACACGAUAGACUCACCCAAUGGCACACACACACCAUCCCUACUCAACGAGAAAGGCGAACCUGUCUGGAAAGUUCUCGUCUUCGAUAAUCUCGGGCGGGACAUCAUCAGCAGUGUACUAAGGGUAAACGAUCUAAGGAGCAAAGGAGUCACAAUACAUUUACCCAUUGCCUCCCCUCGCUACCCGAUUCCAGAUGUUCCUGCACUCUAUCUUGUUGAACCCACAGCAGCCAACAUCCAGCUCAUAUGUUCCGACCUCGCUCGAGGGCUGUAUACGCCCGCAUAUGUGAACUUCAUUUCCUCGAUACCUCGACCACUCCUUGAAGACUUUGCGGCUCAGAUUGCCGCCACAAACACAGCCGAUUCUAUUGCUCAAGUGUACGAUCAAUACCUGAAUUUCAUUGUUGCUGAGCCCGAUCUAUUCAGUCUGGGAAUGGGGAAGGAGUCCUAUUGGACGUUUAAUAGUGCGAAAGCCGAAGCAGAUGCUCAAGAUGCGGCAAUAGACAGGAUUGUCAGUGGGCUGUUCAGCGUCAGCGUGACCAUGGGAUCUGUGCCCAUCAUACGCUGCCCGCAGUCGGAGUUGGCUAAAAUGAUCGCGACCAAGUUGGACCGGAAACUCAGAGACCACGUUCUAAACUCCAAAGACAAUCUGUUCUCAGCCAAGGGCAACUCUGCAAAUGUAUAUGCAGCGCCUGCCAGGCCGGUGUUGGUUAUCUUGGACCGCAAUGUUGAUUUGGUGCCUAUGUUGUCACAUUCAUGGACAUACCAGUCAUUGGUCCAUGACGUUCUGAAGAUGCACCUGAAUCGGAUUACUGUGGAUGUUGCUGAUGAGGGUUCGGCUGUGGCGAAACCACGGGCCUAUGAUCUGAAUGCGAGCGAUUUCUUCUGGGCCCGCAAUGCGAGCGCGCCCUUCCCACAGGUUGCAGAAGACAUCGACAAGGAGCUGACAAAGUACAAAUCGGACGCCGAAGAAGUCACAAGAAAGACAGGCGUCAACAGCAUCGAGGACCUAAAUGACAGUUCAGCUGGUGCAGCUCAUUUGAAGGCCGCAAUUACGCUGCUACCGGAGCUCCGAGAGCGGAAAGCGACGCUAGAUAUGCAUAUGAACAUCGCGACAGCCUUGUUAAAGGGUAUCAAGGACCGACAACUGGAUAAUUUCUUCCAAUUGGAGGAAAGCAUCACGAAACAGAAUGCCGAUCAAAUGUUGACGCUCAUCAAAUCUGACGACAGAGGAAACGAUCCUCUGGAUAAACUACGAAUAUUUAUCAUUUGGUAUCUUAGCGUCGACAAGGAGCCGUCCAAAUCCGAGCUAUUAGAAUUCGAGAGUGCUCUGAGAAGCGCAGGUGUCGGCGACGACGAAGUGGCAGCAAUCAAGCACAUCUCAAACGUACGACUAGAAACCCGAGGCACAAUGAUGGCCUCGACCGUCUCGACAUCUCAGCCUUCCCAGCCGCCUCUGUUCGGCGGUCUGUCCUCAUUAUCCAAAAACUUUACCGACAAACUAUCCUCGACCGCACUCGGCAACGUCAAUCUGGAUGCGCUGGUUUCUGGAGUCAAAAACUUCCUUCCAGCGAACCGAGAUCUCACAGUCACAAAGAUCGUUGAAUCGAUCAUGGACCCACCCGCAGCUUCGUCCUCGGCGAUUGCAAAGACCGAAAAUUACCUCUACUUCGACCCACGGAGCGCACAUGCGAGAGGCACUACCGGUGGCUCGAAUCCACCCUCCCGAAGUGGCCAGCCAGCCGCAGGCGUUAACCCCAGUUUCGGUCAGCGGCGGCAGGGCUAUUCGGAAGCCAUUGUCUUCACUGUUGGUGGAGGAAGCAUGGACGAAUAUGGAAAUCUGCAAGAGUGGGUGAAGAGAACAACCGCGCCAGGUAGUGGUGUGGCUCCACGGUCAAGAAGGGUCGUCUAUGGCAGCACCGAGCUCGUCAACGGCGAGGACUUCUUGCGAGAACUCGUGAGAUUGGGACAAGAUGGCUGACACAGCAUAAAGCGAUGGUACUCUAGACUCGAAACGAGCAACCCAGUGUGCU